UUUUAAAUUAAUUUCAAUCGAUAUCACAAACCUGGAUCCCAAAUCAUGGAAAGAUCUUGUACCUGCAAAUGAUAAAGAUACAUUAAAUUGGGCUAUGGCAGCACAUGACAAAUAUAUGGUCUUAUGCUACACAAGGGACGUUAAGCAUGUUCUUCAAUUACAUGAUAUAACAUCUGGCCAAAUGAUCCACGAAUUCAAAUUGGACAUUGGGGUGGUUGAAAAAGAUGGCUGCUACUGCAGUCGAAAAUCUUCACAUCUGGUUUUUCACUUCAAAUCACCACUCACUCCUGGUAUGAAUUAUCAUUGCGAUUUAUGUAAACCAUCAUUUGAUCUCGAAAUUUUAAAUGAAACCAAGGUAAAGAAUUUCGAUCGUGAGAAAUUUACAGCGGAGCAAGUGUUCUACUCGAGUAAAGACGGGACUAAAAUACCCAUGUUAAUCGUCCACAAAAAGGACCUCAAAAAAGAUGGAAACAAUUUCACGUACAUGUUCGCGAGGGGUGAUUUAGGUCUCAGUUACGUUUCCUUAUUUUGACAUGACUUCUGCAAUAAUGAUCAGUAAUUUCGACUGCGUGAUUGUCACAGCAAAUAUUCGAGGUGGAGGUGAAUAUGAUAAAAAAUGGCGCGAAGGCGGAAUGAUGGAGAAAAAACAGAAUUCUUUCGACGAUUAUAUAGCCGCUGCUGAAUAUCUGAUCGCGGAAAAGUACACCAAUAGCAAACUACUCGCUAUUCAGAGUGGAGGUCCAAACGCGGGUCUUUUAGUAGGUGCUUGUCUUACUCAAAGACCUGAUUUAUUUGGAGCAGUAUACAUCACUGAAGGGACAUUGGAUAUGCUGCGAUUUGACAAAUUUACUCAACAAAAGGUAUUAGUAAGCGAGUAUGGUUCGCCUACUGAUCCAAAAUUUUUCCCUCUUUUGCACAGCUAUUCGCCUUUACAUAAUAUUAAAAUUCCAGAAGGUUGUGACAAGCAAUAUCCUGCAGUCAUGUUGUACGCCACGGGCCUUAGUGAUCCAGACGCACCUCUCCACUUAUUGAAAUUCAUCGCCACAUUACAAUACGAGGCUAAAAAACACCCCAAUCAGAAAAAUCCUUUCAUUCUCAGCAUGAAAGCAGAUACAGAUGAUAAAUCUGAUAAACCAGACGAUAAUACGUAUGACGAUAACAUAGACGUGAUAUCCUUUUUCAUAAUCAACCUCGGAAUCAAGUUCCAUCCUCAAGUUUGUCAAUAAAAUUUCAUGCGUAUCUUCGAAUAAUUUUUACAAAAAUUUGUUUAAAAGUGUGAAUAAAAUAAACAGAAGAACUAAGAGGUAAGAUGGGUUGGUCGUUUAUUAAUGAUUGGUCACUUAGUUUAUACGUAUUACACCUAUUCGAAUAUGUAACAUAGUUCUAAAAUUUAGUAAAUUGUAAGAAUUGUCUUUUAAUUUCAUUAUAAAAUGUCCAUUAGCAUGCAAAGAUUAUUGUUCAGUUUUGCCAGAUACU